CAAUUCAUGUCUGUUGCUUCUUUCUUCUCAUCUUCUUCUCUAUUUCCCUUUUCUCUUCCGUUAAACAACAACUACAAGAUCAAGAUCAUCAAAGGCCGCGUGAUGGGUCUCUUCCUUUCUAGGAAUUUGGCUUGCAAAUUCUUCUACCCUUUUCUCUUAUCUGAGAAAAUUUCUAAGGAUUUGUUUCCUAAGCAGUUGGAAAACAUGAUGUGUUUGGUGUCUCCUCGUACUGGCAGACAUUUGCAACGCUAUGACAAUGGGUGUCGCCAAGUUGUGGGAUGCAUUCCUUAUAGAUACAAGGACAAUGAAACAAAAGACAAGGAAUUAGAGGUUCUUGUGAUUAGUGCUCAGAAAGGUCUUGGAAUGCAGUUUCCAAAGGGAGGUUGGGAAACUGAUGAAUCCAUGGAGCAAGCUGCUUUAAGAGAGACCAUAGAAGAAGCUGGUGUUGUUGGCAGUGUUGAAAGUAAAUUGGGUAAAUGGUAUUAUAAGAGCAAACGCCAACCCAUAGAACAUGAGGGAUACAUGUUCCCUAUGCUUGUUAAGAAGGAGUUGGAUAACUGGCCAGAGAUGAACACAAGAAAAAGACAAUGGAUGACUGUGGCUGAAGCAAAAGAAAGAUGCCCUUAUGCUUGGAUGAAGGAAGCUUUGGAUGAAUUGGUCAGCAGACAAAGUCAACUCGCAAAUGGGUUGGGAUAUAAAUUGUAGGGUUGUUAAUUGUAGAAAUUCACUUGCUUUUGGAGUCUAUAAAUGGUAGAACCGAAGCACUCAAGCUGAUAGAUCAGAGUAGUUAAGACAUCGUAGUCAUGGAAGUGGGAAACUCUGGUUGUUGAUUGUGUUCACAACCUGCCCUUGUGUUUGUUCCUGUCCUGAAAUUGGCUAUAGUUGUUGCAACCUCAAGUGAAGUAGAAGAUUAAGAAUCUGUAGGGUGUGAUUGAGAUCUAGCCAUGGAAGUCAGUUGUAAAUGAACGAAUUCGAUUCAUUCUUUCAUUCAUU